AUGGAAAAUACUCUAUGGAAUAAAUUAUUCUUAGUACUUGGUUUUUUGAUCGUGUUACUUAGUUCGUUAGUCGUAGGUCUUAGUGGACAUUUCAUCUAUUGGCUUUUAUUUGAUUCAUUUGGUCGUUAUGAAAAGCGAACGAAACGAAAAUUAAAAAUAAUAAAUAAUCAACAAAAUGAUGAAUAUUAUGUUAUUAUAAUUGGUACUGGUUUUUCUGGUUUAGGUAUGGCUAUUAAAAUGAAUGAACUUGGAAUGGAUAAUUAUAUUUUAAUUGAACGACAUGAACAUAUUGGUGGUACAUGGUAUGCUAAUAAAUAUCCAGGUUGUGCAUGUGAUAUUCCAUCAAAUCUUUAUUCAUAUUCAUUUGAACCUAAUCCGAAAUGGUCACAUUAUUUUAGUCGACAAGCUGAAAUAGCUGAAUAUCUUGAAUAUUGUACAGAUAAAUAUGAUAUUCGUCAACAUAUUCAAUUUAAUACAAAUGUAACAGAAUUAACAUGGCUUGAAGAACGACAAUUAUGGCAAGUUACGACUGAAUCAAAUAAUCAAGAAAAAAUUUUCUAUGCUCAAUCGAUUGUUCUUGGUUGUGGUUUAUUAUCAAAUCCAUCUUAUCCAACUGAUAUUCUUGGUAUUGAUCAAUUUCAAGGUCGAAUGUGUCAUACAGCUAAAUGGGAUAAAACAAUUGAUUUAAAUAAUAAACGUGUAGCUGUUAUUGGUACAGGACCAAGUGCGAUUCAAACAGUACCAGAAAUUCAACAGAAUGUAUCAGAAUUAUUUGUAUUUCAACGAACACCAGCAUGGAUUCUACCUCGUUUUGAUCGAUUAAUAACUGAUUGGGAAAAAAAUUUAUAUAAACGUUUUCCAAUUAUUCAAAAAUUUAUGCGUGUUCUUAUCUAUUGGAUAAUGGAAUUUUUUGCACUUUCAUUUGUUUAUCGUUGGCCAUUGAAAUUUUUAAUUGAAAAAUUAGUUAAAUUGAAUCUUGAAAGACAAGUUAAAGAUAAAGAAUUACGAAAAAAAUUAACACCAACAUGGGAAUUUGGAUGUAAACGUACGUUAAUAACUAAUGAUUGGUUAUCAACAUUACAAAAAUCAAAUGUUAAACUUGUAACAAAUCGUAUUCAAGAAAUUAAAUCACAUUCAAUUCUAACUUAUGAUGGAAAUGAAUAUCCAGUUGAUAUUAUUAUUUGGUCAACAGGAUUUUUAGCACAAGAAUUUCCAUUACGUGUUUAUGGAAUAAAUGGUUGUUCAUUAGCUGAUAAAUGGUCUCAAACAAUGCAAACAUAUCGUGGUAUAACUGUACCUAAUUUUCCAAAUUUUUUUAUUCUUCUUGGUCCAAAUACAGCACUUGGUCAUAAUUCAGUUGUAAUUAUGAUUGAAGCACAAAUAAAUUAUAUAGCUGAAGCAUUUUUUUAUAUGAAUCAAAAUAAUAUACGAUCUAUUGAUAUAAAACAAGAUGUUUAUGAAAAAUUUAAUGAAAAUUUACAAUUACAACUAAAGAAAACAGUAUGGCAAAAAGGUGGUUGUCGUUCAUGGUAUCAAGAUGCCAAAGGUAAUAAUACUUCUAUAUGGCCCGAUUUUACAUGGGUUUAUAUAUUAUUAUUGAAAAAAUUUGAUUAUGAAAAUUAUAUUUGCCAAGCAUAA